AUGCCAGCAGCAUACGCGGUGCGAGACGGUGGAGAUGCCAAGAGCAAGAAACAGUCCAUGGCAGAUCUUAAACUGCGAAGACUACAAGAACUUAACUCCCGGCUGAAGGAAGACCUCGAAAGGCCUCGAGUGAAAGUCGCUGAAGCAUCAAUGAGUCUGAUCAACUACUGCAAUCAAACGAGAGAUUACAUGGUACCUUCAGUCUGGGGACAAGUCGACAGGAAAGAAGAUCCAUACAACCCUCAAAGCGCUGGAAGUGAUGGAUGCUGCGUCGUGAUGUAA